AGAGCCAAAAGAGAGAAGUGUAAAAACGUUAAACUCUUUGAAGACGAAAAGGCAAUUACGAUCCGUUUCAAUUUUAAACUACAAUGACUUUGAUAAUCGUCUUAAUUUAAUUACAUUUCAGGUUUAUACACACACCUGAUUUAAGAUUUUUUAAAUCAAAUUAUCAUAAAGUAGUGAGAAAUUGUGGAUAAUAGACGAUCUUCGUGUGCGAGUUCGUCACAUUAGUGUGGCUACAGUAACUAGUCAGUGCGACUGUUCUUGGACGUUUACUUCCACAGCGUUAUUAAAGAAGCGAUACGUUCAAGUUUGUCGUAGUUAACCAACAGGUUGGCUAAAACCCAACCGGUUCAGAAAGGCAGAUUAUUUCUGUUUUCGCUCUGUUAGCAUGUAUGCUAACACGGAAACGGUCGAGGAGCCAGUGUUGUUUGAUAACGAAACCACAGAAGACAUCAUCAGGCAUGAGAAGUCGGUGCAGACGGACACUGUGGCAUUGGAUGCCAUCACAACAGCUGACGGCGACGUCAACACAGCAGCAGCCUGGGAGGAGCAGCUAGCGGCCAUGUUGGAGCAUGGUGACGCCCUAGCGGAGGAGCACAACAGCCUUCUCAAGCAGUGGCAGGAUGAGGACGCCGAGCGACAAAAAGACACAAGUCAGAUGCAGAAGAAGAAAGCCGACACCACACUGCAGCAUCAGGUUCUGCUGGAGAAGCUGGACUCGCUACGAGUGAAGCUGCAGCUCAACAACUCCAACAACACGCGCAAGAACUUUCUAGCCAAGAAACAGGAAGCCAGCGCAGAGAAAUGCCGUAAAGAGGAUGAUAGGAACAGGCUGUCGAAGGAUCUGGAGGAGAUCGCCGCUAAGCUAUCGGCGCUAACGCAGGAAAAGCACAACGAGGAGCGACGUUGGCAGGAGGAGAAGGACGAGCUGAUGAAGGAAAUGGACAGAGUUAGCCAGGAGGUCAAGGACACAGAGAGCCUUGUCCUCCAAGACCAGAUCAACGCUGUGGAGGCGCAGAGAGACUUCGCCAUGGAGCGCAUUCAGGCCUGGUUCACAAAGAUGGCCGAGUACAUGUCACUGCGGCCCGCCAAUCACCAGGAGAAAGCUAGCUGGACCACUAAGGAGGCGGCCGUGCGCAGGAACCAGGAGGAGCUGGAGAGGCGCUUCCAGAAGGUCCUGGCACAGCUGCAGAAAGGACGCGAGUUAGAGUCCCUGCCACUCAUCAACGUGCCCACACUUCCACACAUACCCACGGCCGAGCUAAUGUUCAGACAGAUGAUGACAUCGGUACUUCCUGGGGCGCCGCCACCCCAUCAAGUGAUCCUCGACCGCAUGCCACCGCCCCCUCAGCCCUACCUACACUACUAUGUGCCGCCCCCGCUCAACCUGCAGCGCCACCCACCACCCCCUCCCUAUGCCAGAGAGACCCUGCCUGGCAGCCACCCCCCGACGCCGCUCGCCUACCCGGUCGUUCCGUCCCCGCCGGCCGCUGCACCUUCCAACACACUAGACAAGGUCCUAGACAAGCUGGGGGUGAGCUUCCCACAAUGCACCAGGGCGGACCUGACAAAUCUGCUGCAGCAGGUGAAGAGCGCCCGUGGGACCACGGCAGGGAUGUCUGUGGAGCAGGUGGGCGACCAGGUGGGCCUGGCGCUGGCGCAGGCACAGGGUCACACGCGCAGGCCGCCGCCGCCCGCCCAAGCUGCCGGGCCCCGCAAGCUAUGCCUGAUGUGCCAGAAGGCCGUGGACACCGAGAGCCGUCACCCGUUCCCCUGCGCCCAUGCCAUCCACAAGGACUGUAUCUGCGUUUGGAUCCAGUCCAGCAGCAACAACACGUGCCCCUUCUGUCCCGCUAGGUUAGGUGAGAGCGUUAAUGGUAGUUAGUAUAGCAUCUAAAAUAUUACUCGUUUUUUUGUAAUUGUUUAAAUCAGAAGAUUAAUUUUGACGAUGAACCAUUGAAACCAUCUUUCCCAGCUAACAAUGUCUUUGUGUUGGUUUAAUAGCUAAGCUAACGUGAGCUUAUGCUGCUAUUUCCUCAGCUGGGUACCAGGCCUCAGUUAACAGAGGCGCCAUUAACUAACUAGUGCAAAUCCUGUUAGCAUUGAGUCUGUGGGGUUCCCAAAGUUUAGCUUGUGUUGGCAAUUACCUUGUGUGACUCCCAAAUGUUUAGCUUACGUUAGCAUUUUGCCAGAAAAACCCAGUGUAAAGCUUAUGUUAGCAUUUAGCUUGUGUUUUCUUAGCAUAUAUCAUCUAGCCUCUGAUUCCCAGUGUUGAUCUUAUGUUAGCAUUCAGCCAGGGAAGCCUUGUGUUUCGCUCAUGUUAGAAUUUGCGUUGAGUUUUUUUUAGCAUGUAUCACCUAGCCUAUGUGAGUCCCAGUGUUUUGCGAGUUAGCAUUAACGUGGGGUUCACAGUGUUUAACUUGGUUGGUUUAAUACCGAAGGUAACGUGAGCUUAUGGCCUCAGUUAACAGAGGCGCCAUUAACUAACUAGUGCAAAUCUUAUGUUAGCAUCUAGUCUGUGGGGUUCCCAAAGUUUAGCUUAUGUUGGCAUUUAGCACGGGAAACCCAGUGUUUACCCUAUGUUAACAUUUAACUGGUAUGGCCAAAUUUUAGCUCAUGUUAACAUUUAGCCAGUGACUCCCAGUGUUAAGCUUAUGUUAUCAAUUUGCAUCUAGCCUUUGUGAUUUCCAAUGUUUAACAGAUGUUAGCUUUUUGCUGAGGUCACCAUCUAGCUUUUGUCAUUACCUUUGUUAGCAUUUAGCUUGUGGGGCUCCUGAAUCUUUAGCUUAUGUUAGCAUUUGGCAUGGGAAACAGUGUUUACCUUAUGUUAACAUUUAAUAGGUGUGGAAUGGACCACUUUUAGCUUAUGUUAGCAUUUAGCCAAGGACUCCCAGUGUUAAGGUCAUAUUAGCAUGUAUAAUUUAGCCACUGAUUCCACUCAGUUUUUAGCCAAUGUUAGCAUUUUGCCAAAUGACGACAUGUAUGAUUUUGUGUUUGUAAACGCAGUUUAUGCGCAAAAAUCAUUUUAAUAUAAGGUAGACCUUCUGACAUUUUCCACUAACUUAACACCGUCUCCGGGUCAUGGCGGUCGAUGUGGGGAGAGCGAGUGUAGCUUAGCGUAGCUUAGCUGCAUCCCGUGGGAGCGGCGGACAAACACGCUAACAAGGUAUUCUCAUGCUCUUGCCGUCAACCGCAAUCGACCGCGUGACGCGACAACCCACAAUCCCCGAACAGACACACACAGACACACAAAAACACGCUUGGACGCUGCCCCCUGCUGGUAACUGGUGGCCAUUUUGCGUUUCGUUAAUGACUUUCUGAAAGGUUGUUUUGAUUAGCAUCCAUCAUGACUGUGGUUGCAUCAAUUAAUGCUGUUGACGGCGGAGGACGAGGGGGCGCCCACACCCCCAUCCCUCUCAUGCCACUGCCCCCCCCCCCCCCCCCCCCCCCCCCUUUGGCAUUAAAGUCCUGUCAUCCCAGCUCUGCCCCCCAGCACAGAGCUGUCAAUUAAAUGUGAUUGACUGGCUAACAGCAGCACAUAAAUACAGAAAAACAACAGACGGGGAAAUCUAUAUGUGCCCCCCAUCCCUCGUCUACCCGCCCCACCCGCCUGUCAAACAAAGUCCCGCCCCCUCGCUGAACAUCCAACCAAUUAGCAGUACUCGAGUCUCCGACCUCAAAACCUAGUGUUGUCCAAUUAACAAGCUGCAAUUUAGUACCUGAGUUAACUCCCGUUAGCGUCUAGCAUUUGUAGCUACCACUGCUUAGCAUGUUAGCACUAAGCCUGUGUGCCUUUAAGUGUUUAGUGUGUUAGCAUUUAGCGCAAUGGUUCUCAAACUUUUUAGAUGAAGAAUCACCUAAAAAAAAAUAAAAAAAUACUUAGCUCUCAAAGUACCACCGUAAUGACCAACAUUAAAAUACAGUAGCGUAGUAGGCCCAAGUGUUUAUUAAAAAACAAGACAGUUCUUUAUUCCAAAAAAGUAUAUUUCAUAUCAUAAGCCCCUGUAGCAUUACGCAGUUUUUUGAUUGAUUGAUGUUUAUUUAAAAUAAAAUGAAAGUAGGAACAUUUAGAGCAUUAACACACAGGAAAAUAAAAACUGCUAAAAUGGAUUAAAAUCUAUUGCAUGUAAAAGUUAAAUAAAAAUUUUACCUAAAUGUGUAAAAACAGGCAGCAUGGUGGUCAACUGGUUAGAGCGUCUACCUCGCAGUUCUUAGGACCGGGGUUCAAUCGCCGGCCCUCCUGUGUGGAGUUUGCAUGUUCUCCCCGUGCCUGCGUGGUUUCCUCCCACAUCCCAAAAAAAAUGCAUGAAUUGGAGACACUAAAUUGCCCGUAGGUGUGAAAGUGAGUGCGAAUGGUUGUUUGUUUGUAUGUGCCCUGCGAUUGGCUGGCAACCAGUUCAGGGUGUACCCCGCCUCCUGCCCGAUGAUAGCUGGGAUAGGCUCCAGCAGCACGCGACCCUAGUGAGGAAAAGCGGCUCAGAAAAUGGAUGGACGGAUGGAUGUGUAAAAACAAUCAGUUCUUAAAAAUGUAAAUGUAGGUGUACUAAAAAUUUAAAUACAACUGAAGAACUGUAUUGGCAGUGAUUAUUUUGCGUACCACCAGAAAGAGCCUGCGUAGCACUAGUUGUAUUAGUAUCACACUGACAAUCACUGGUUUAGCCUCUGUGGCUCCUGCUUCGUUUUGCGUGUUUCAGCUUGUUGGAUUCGUCCCUGUGGCUCCCAAUGUUUCGCUUAUGUUAGCAUUUGGCUAGAGAUUCGUAGUGUUUAGCUUGCUAGCAUUUAGGCAGUGAUACGGAGUGCUUUAGCUUAUGUUAACAGCCUAUAGGACUCCCAAUGCUUAGUUUAUGUUAGCGUUUAGCCUGUGGUUAGCCACAUUAGCAUGUUGUUGGUAUCACGCUGUCAAGCGAGCAGCUUGUCACAUUAGCAUGCUGUUGGUUCUGGAUUAACAGUAGCAUGUCAGUAUUAUACUGUCAGGCUCGCAGCUAGCCACCAUAGCAUAUUGGUAUGUUUCAAGGUAAGAUAUUUCUCUCUUUAGCAUGUUUGUAAUCCGUUUACAGUCUAGCAACUAGCCACAUUAGCAUGGCAGACAAGGCCUUAUUGACGUUGCUGUCGUGCUGUGAUGAGUCGUCAUUGUCAUCCUUUAGAUGCGGGCUAACGAUUAGUGAGCUAGGCCCUGCUGUGGAUCAGCAAGUGAAAACUGAACUGAUGCUUUCACCAUCACGCUUCUUUAAAGGCGUCAAAAAAGAUCCACUUAGCAGGCUCAAUUGAUUAUGUCUGCCUGGCAAAUUGGCCUUUAAUGCACCCCCCCCCCCCCCCCCCCCCCCCCCCCCCAGGUGGGUGCCGCCCUAAUGGUGCCCUCCAUCACACGCGAAUAUGAAACGUGACAAUUAGCCAAAUGAGCUUUAGCAGGAGGGGACAAAACACAACAUGCUAGUUUUCGACAUCGACACCUGUGGGGGCACAAUGGCGAGACGGGCUGGCGCGCAAGUCAAAGUGAUAAAUUCAACCUCAUCGAUUGGACAGCACGAGAGACCAUUUAUCUAGUUAAAGGCUGCACACUAACAGGAGCUAAAAACUGGCAGUCACUGGCUAAAUGCUAACCCAAAAACAAGGAAGCACACAGGCUAUAUGCUAAGACAAGAUCAACAGCAGAUAUUACGACUAUAAAAAGUACGCCAGCGUGCUCUAGCAGCCCUACUAACAGACGUACCUACGUGAUGGCCAUGUUGGGGAGGUCGACAUUCCUCUCAAAGGCAAUUCAUGGACAUUGAAAGUAAGUCAUAACUUGCUCAUUACUCAACCGAUUUUCAUGUUUACUUUUUUUGUCAUUGUCAAAGCGUGUCCUAUCAAUAAAGAACAUUUGAAAGAAAGGGGGGGGGAAAAGCCCCCAAAAUAUUUGUACCUGUUAAAGGUUUCCCCCACUUCCCUUGCAGUAUUUGUACCGCAUUGUACACAACUGUACGCAGCACAGUGUAUCGGCAUCCUUGGUCUUUUGGUAAUCUUGCUGUCCACACACAUGUAAUGCACUCUAAAGGAUUGUGUUGUAUCUACCUAUUCAUAUCUAUGAUAAACAGUCACUGAUUAAAUGCUAACUUAAACAGUGGGACUGAGUCACACAAGCUAAGAACUAACAAGCAUGAUACCAACAAAAUGCUAAUGUGGCUAGCUGCUAGCCUGGUUGCAUGAUAGUGUGAAACAUUGAUCUGCAAUUAAAGAGCAAAAGUCACACAAGAAAUACAAGUAAACCUUUGUUUUGGUUAAUAAAAAAAGUGCUAACAUUUGUUGCGUUACUUCA